UCCCCGUCCGUUUUGUUUUUCAGCCUUGGCAAUCCGCCGAUUUGCAAAAUAGUUAAUUUUGUUUAUUUGAGGUGGUAAACUAUAAAAGAAAAACACAUGAAAGUGUUCGUAGAGGGGAGUAUAGCUGGGUGCAGUGUGGUGGUAUACGGCUUUCAUGAUUUGAGUGUGGUCAGUCCAAACCGCAGCCCCAAACCACAAUGAAUCCCAUGGAAACCGCCGGCACGCUAAUGACAUUUCUUCUGACUCUGACGCUCUCCCGAACUCAUACACUCGGCUCAACUGUGAGCCCAUCUGGGUAUAUCAGAGUCGAAGAAGGAACACCAUCGGACCCCUUCAGUCCCCUUAAUGCCUACCAAGCUGCUGCCCCAAGUCCAGACACGGGUGAAUUCCCGUCGUCUACAAUAAGGCAUACACCCAACUCCUCCUCCCCGUCAACAUCACAGUACAAACAGAGCGAAGAAGACCCCGAUGCCACACCCAGCUACCCUCCCCAAGAGACCGGUCAACCCACCGAGGAAGAAGAAGAAGUCAUCGACGGGCUCACAGCCCGGGAGCGAAACAUCCGAAUUAUGAUUCUGAGGCAACAACUGAUGGUGAAGCUUGGACUGACGAGUCUGCCGCCCAAGUCUGAAGCUAAACCCCCUCGGAGUCUCCCACCGGCACUGAAGAAGCGACUGUUGGAACACGGAACACCCCAGAGGGACCUCCCUGUGUAUCAGCCCCCCGAGAGUGGAAUGACCGAAGUCUUGGCUUCUGCAGAAAAAGAGAACAACUGUUCAGGUUUUGGUUACUGCUUCAAGUUCAGUCUCGUCAAAGACACCAUCGGCAAGCAGAUCAAAUCAGUCAAUCUGUGGCUUUACAUGACAGCUGAAGAAGGGAACCGAAGCGCUCUCAGACAGAUCACCGUCAUGCUGUUAACGGUCGGUGAGGGCGGCAUUUUACGGAAGGAACUCGCUACAAAGGUGGUUAGUAAAAGAGAAGGCUGGUUCCAUUUUGAGCUUCCCCGAGAGAGGAACGACUGGACCCAACUGGUGCACCGUCUCCAGAUAGCCAACGCUGCCGAAGAAUCAUCCUCACAGGAGGCUCAGCCGACCAACUUCCCGCCGAUCUCACUCGCCGAUCAACGGCUUCCAAUCCUGUCCGUAGCAGUCGACGUGAACCGCAAACGCAAACGCUUACGGCGUCAGAACUCCAACAUCUGCCAGUCUGGCACGGACACCUGCUGCCUGCAUCGGUUCCAGGUGGAGAUGUCCGAUGUACUCCAAGGCAUAGUGGAGCAACCCACCACCAUGUUCGCCAACUUCUGCAAGGGGAGCUGCAUGCACGUCAUCAACUUCGAGACGCUCCACGCCAACGUGAUGAGGGACCGCGCCCUGAUUGAGACGGACGCCGAUCUUAAGAAGGAGCUGACCCCGUGCUGUGUGCCCGUGGAUUACUUCGACCCACUGUCCAUCAUCAUACGCAAUCAGAACAACACUUUCACUACGCACAUUGUGAGCAGUAUCUCGGCAAGAUCGUGCGGCUGUAAGUGAUGACUCUGCACCCAUCUCCCUCCCCUGAACGACAUAAUAUUCAUGAUAACUUUCGGACAGAAUUAAAAGCCGCGUCAUAAUUGGCGGCUAUGGCUACUGCGUCAUCAUACGUUGAAGUAUAGGACGUCCUUUAGCAACACACAUUGCAGCAGUCCUAGCCAUAGCUGUAGCCACCAAUUCCUAAAAGGCAUAUGACAAUUAACUUGUACGGUGUUUUCGAAGCCGGAGACGAGGCCUAAGCCGUAUCUCGGACGAAGAGAAAAAAAAUUAUUCGUAAACUUGUCCAGUCCAUCUAAGCCAGUCGAUGUUGCGCCCUCCACCGGCGACUAAUAUAUAACGAGCUCGCUAAUGGUCGCCAAUUAAGAUCAGUAGGGAUGUAAAAACCUUAUCUACAUACACCGCUGACCGGGGUGGGAUUCGCAGUGGGGUCCAAAGAUGUGACAGACAGUGAAAAAACAAGUAAGCCAACCUGAAUCACCUGGGCCCAUUUUCAUAUAGCCGUUAAGCAGCAAAUACGGCUUAGCAAUUUCUUUGCCAAGUACAAAAUGAGUGGGGCACCAGUUGCAACACUUUAUGGAUUUUUGGCUGCUAAUCAGUUUCUGUUAUUAAGCAUAAUUUGUAUUUGCUUAAUGGUUGUAGCUAUGCUUUUAUGAUUAAAGUGUGCACAGGACUCAAUUGUAUGGUGCUGAUUACCGCUGAAUUCUGCGCUUGUGACCUCACCAUGUAAAUCGUGUGAUUCUACAGACCGCAGGCGCACACAAUCGCGGUAAGAAGAGCCAUAAAAAUCUGCCUCACAUUUUGUUCGCUUUUCACGAAUAUUAUGGUUGUAAGUUAAUUCUCUUACUCUCUACACCAUGACGUCAUCUUUAAAUCUGAUGGGAAUAUGAUGGUCUCACAGGCUUCAAAAGACUGUUUUUCUUACAUGCGUUGUGCUUGCUCGUAUCAAGCUUUUAAAUAAUAUAGUAUAACGUCUUGCCACCCUAAACAUGGAACGUUGAUUCGUAGACCCCCCCCCCCGAACGGGGAGAGAAAGACGAAGAAUAAGAAGAGGUAGAAGAAGAAGACUUUUUGGUUUAACUUUUAAAUAACAUCUUUUUUUCAUAGCAUUAAACUUGAAGCCACUCGUUAUUGUAUACAACAUUACAGGGUAAUUAUUACGUUGAGAACACAAUAAGUUGCAGCACAAUACAAUUUUGCAGUAAGACAAAACACAAAACCGGAUAAAAAAUAAUUGGGAUUAGAAUCCAAUCCAAGGGGGACGAAAACGGACCAUGCCCCCCCCCCCCCCC